AUGAGUAGACAGGGUGCCUCGGCUGCUACAGCUCUAAAGCGCCUUAUGAAGGAAUACAAGGAAUUGACAGUGAAUUCACCAGAUGGAAUAACAGCUGGCCCUGUUUCCGAAGACGAUUUCUUCAUCUGGGAGGCUCUCAUCGCCGGUCCCGAUGAGACACCAUUCGAAGGUGGUGUACUGACUGCCACAUUGACAUUCCCAAGAGAUUAUCCAUUGUCUCCGCCGGUGAUGAAGUUUACAUGUCCGAUAUUUCAUCCAAAUGUAUACAAGGACGGAACAGUGUGCAUAUCUAUACUGCACGCACCAGAACCAAACGACGAAAGUGCUGCAAAUCUAGACGCAGCCAAGAUGUGGCGUGAAGAUCGUAAAGAGUAUGAACGUAUAGUGAGGAGGAAUGUCAGGGCGUCGCUUGGGUUGGACUGA